ACUUCCGCUACGGCUCCUGGAAGGGGCCAGUCCUGGCCGUUCUCGCGUCUGUCCCGGCCCGUCGCGGCCGCUCCGCCGCUUCUUUGCCCGGGCGCCUCGGUGCGCUCGGUCAACGGCCUCUGCGAGUGCUCACCCGAGCGCCCCGGUGCCGGCGAGCGGCGACCCUCUCUCCGGGAACUCUCCAGCAGGCCCAGGGGAUAAAAGUGGCUCUCAAUCUAGCACAUGUGCAUUGGAGCAAUUUAAGGAGUUAAUAUGAAGCACAGAAGCAGAUAGUGCCAAAUAGCAAGCCUGUUGUUUCACAUUUGGUGAGUGGGGCGGCAUUUCCUUCUCCCACUGCUGCUGAGAUGGCAGAAAUUAGUCGAAUUCAGUAUGAAAUGGAAUACACCGAAGGUAUUAGUCAGCGAAUGAGGGUCCCGGAGAAAUUAAAAGUAGCACCACCGAAUGCUGACCUGGAACAAGAGUUCCAAGAUGGAGUUCCAAAUGCCAGUGUGAUAAUGCAAGUCCCAGAGAGGAUCGUGGUUGCAGGAAAUAAUGAAGACAUUUCAUUUUCAAGACCAGCAGAUCUUGACCUUAUCCAGUCCACUCCCUUUAAACCUCUGGCACUGAAAACACCACCACGCGUGCUCACACUGAGUGAGAGACCACUAGAUUUCCUGGAUUUAGAAAGACCACCGCCAACUCCUCAAAGCGAAGAGAUCCGAGCAGUUGGAAGGCUAAAAAGAGAGCGUUCUAUGAGUGAAAACGCUGUUCGCCAAAAUGGACAGUUGGUCAGAAACGACUCCAUUGUGACACCAUCACCACCACAGGCUCGGGUCUGUCCUCCCCAUAUGCUACCUGAAGAUGGAGCUAAUCUUUCCUCUGCCCGUGGCAUUUUGUCGCUUAUCCAGUCUUCUACUCGUAGGGCUUACCAGCAGAUCUUGGAUGUGCUGGAUGAAAACCGCAGACCUGUGUUGCGUGGUGGGUCAGCUGCCGCCACUUCUAAUCCUCAUCAUGACAACGUCAGGUAUGGCAUUUCAAACCUAGAUGCAGCCAUUGAAGGAGCAUCAGAUGACAUGACUGUGGUAGAUGCAGCUUCAUUAAGACGUCAGAUAAUCAAAUUAAAUAGACGUCUGCAACUUCUGGAGGAGGAGAAUAAAGAGCGAGCUAAAAGAGAAAUGGUCAUGUAUUCAAUUACUGUAGCAUUCUGGCUGCUUAAUAGCUGGCUCUGGUUUCGACGCUAGAGGUAACUUCAGCAUUCACAUAUAUUGUCUCAACACCUGGAAAUAUAAAGGAUUUGCAAACUUCAUUGUUUCUGUCUUUGCAUCAUCGUAUGCCGGCUUUCUAGUCCAAGCCCUGAAAAUGUAUUUCUCCAGAAUGCAGGGAAGGACCUGUAUCUGUAGAGUAAAGGCCUGUUGUGUUGCUGAUGGGCAUUCAGCCAGUUCUGAGUGGCAUCUAUACACUCUCCUUUUGCAUGUUUUGUAAAUAGGCUCUAGGUUUGUUUGUUUUUAAAGAAAAUAAUUUUUUUGGCCUCAUCAGUCUGUAUAGCUAAUUCUCUAAACAGAAAUGGCAGUCAUAAAAAGUGAGUUUAGAAAACUGUCUGUGAAAGAAAAGUGUUUUGUCCUGUUUUUCAGAUGAUUAAGCAUUUCUUUGAGAGAUGCUUUUUGUAUCUACAUAUCAACAGUAAUGCUUUUUAAGUCACAGUGUUGUACAGGACUUAAGUCAAACCACCUAACUCUUCUUCAUCACCUGUACAGACAGAGUUUGAAAACCUCCUAACAAUUGAGCAGUUUAUCUGUGUGCAAUAUGUUGUUUUGACUUUCAUCUUAGUUUUCUAUCAAGUAUGUUUUUACCAAGUCCAUGUGUGAAUGAUUUAAAAACCUAAAAGAUAAGGUAUAAAUGUAGUGUAUUUAAUAAACUGUCAACCAAA